CGGAGAUGUGUUCUUGACACCUGGUCGCCCUGUUGAUGAUCUCCUGAUGUAUUUGAGCCUUGUACUUUCAGCCUCUGAAGGAAUUUUGCUUGCAGCCCUCACAGCUGCUCUGCAGGGGGACACAAUGCAGUGUCUUUGCCUAAGUGAUUUUGGCGGGAAGAGCAGGGUCGAGCAGUCGCCAUAUUGCUACGGGCACUUGGAGGGCUUGUUGCACUCUCUCCUCUCAUCCUUGUGGCUUCACGGCUCUGCCAGACAUGGGAAAAUGCUAUCCCAGCACUGGGAAAGACUGGAGAAAUAAAAAUUUGUAGUUUAGCAAAAGUGAGAUGGGAGAGGAGGUGAGUAAAUGCCUGUGAGGUGCUGGAAGGUACCGUUGGUGACAGUGGAGCCGGUUCUCUCAGAGGAAGAGGAGCCGUUAGCAGGCAGCUCCACAAGGUGAGAGAGGUCUGAGGAGGAGCAGAACGCUGGGGGCACCACUGGUUUGCUGGCAGCUCCUAGAGAGAACAAGGCGUGCGGAGCCCAGAUCACCAGCAUCAUGCUCCUUGGGCUUGGAUCGUAGAUCCCCCUCUUUGAACGUUAAAAUAACUCCUUCGCACAUCAGCGUCCCAGACAGACCCAGCGAGACAACAGGCACGUGAAAGAGAGUGAAAAGAAAGAGGAGGAAGAGAAAAAUCUGCAACCAAGUGGACUAAAGCAAAAAGAAAGAGUGCUUUGCUUGCACAGCUGCAAAGUGGGAAUUUAAAGAACUGCAGAGAGAAAUUCCAGCUCAUCAGCACAUACACAUUGCAGAAUUACAGAUCCAGGUAGAAAUGACAUCAACAGGGAAAGAAGGCAGCGGAGCUCAACAUGCACAAUAUGUUGGACCCUAUCGUUUGGAGAAAACCCUAGGAAAAGGACAGACAGGGCUCGUGAAGUUGGGGGUUCACUGUGUCACAUGUCAGAAGGUUGCGAUAAAAAUUGUCAACAGAGAGAAGCUCAGCGAGUCGGUGCUAAUGAAGGUGGAGCGGGAAAUAGCCAUCCUGAAGUUGAUAGAGCAUCCCCAUGUUUUAAAGCUGCAUGACGUUUACGAAAAUAAAAAAUAUUUGUACUUGGUGCUAGAACACGUGUCAGGUGGGGAGCUCUUCGACUAUCUUGUAAAAAAGGGAAGAUUGACACCAAAAGAAGCCAGGAAGUUCUUCCGACAAAUCAUCUCUGCUUUAGACUUCUGCCAUAGUCAUUCAAUAUGCCACAGGGACUUAAAACCAGAAAACCUACUGCUGGAUGAAAAGAACAAUAUCCGGAUAGCAGACUUUGGGAUGGCAUCGCUGCAGGUUGGGGACAGCUUGUUAGAAACCAGUUGUGGAUCACCGCAUUAUGCCUGCCCUGAAGUUAUCCGGGGAGAAAAGUAUGAUGGAAGAAAAGCAGACGUCUGGAGCUGUGGAGUCAUUUUAUUUGCGUUGCUAGUGGGUGCCCUGCCGUUUGAUGACGACAACUUGCGGCAGCUGUUGGAGAAGGUGAAACGUGGAGUGUUCCACAUGCCACAUUUUAUCCCUCCGGACUGUCAGAACCUCUUGCGGGGGAUGAUUGAAGUGGAUGCCUCGAAACGUCUCACGCUAGAACAUAUUCAGAAACACAUAUGGUAUAUAGGGGGUAAGAAUGAGCCAGAACCAGAGCAACCAAUCCCUCGAAAGGUGCAGAUUCGUUCUCUCCCUUCCUUGGAGGAUAUUGAUCCAGACGUGUUAGAUAGCAUGCACUCGUUAGGCUGCUUCCGUGACCGAAAUAAACUCUUACAGGACUUGUUGUCAGAAGAAGAAAACCAAGAGAAAAUGAUUUAUUUUCUUCUGCUUGACCGGAAGGAGAGAUAUCCUAGUCAUGAAGAUGAGGAUCUUCCCCCUAGAAAUGAAAUAGAUCCCCCCAGGAAGCGUGUGGACUCCCCAAUGCUGAACAGGCAUGGGAAGCGACGACCAGAGAGGAAGUCGAUGGAGGUUCUCAGUGUGACAGAUGGCGGCUCCCCCGUCCCUGCUCGCAGAGCUAUUGAAAUGGCACAACAUGGACAGAGUAAAACAAUGUUCAGUAAAAGCCUGGAUAUCUCUGAAGCCAAUCCCAAAUUCAACAAAGAAGAAAGGUCUCGGUCAAUCAGCGGCGCUUCAUCUGGGCUCUCCACCAGUCCUCUCAGCAGUCCAAGGGUCACCCCUCACCCCUCUCCAAGGGGAAGUCCCCUCCCUACCCCCAAGGGGACACCUGUCCAUACGCCAAAGGAGAGCCCAGCAGGCACACCCAACCCAACACCACCAUCCAGCCCCAGCAUUGGAGGAAUGCCAUGGAGAACACGGCUCAACUCAAUCAAGAAUAGUUUCCUGGGGUCUCCUCGCUUCCAUCGCCGGAAAUUGCAAGUACCUACACCAGAGGAAAUGUCCAAUUUAACCCCAGAAUCAUCCCCAGAGCUUGCCAAAAAGUCCUGGUUUGGUAACUUCAUUAAUCUGGAGAAAGAAGAACAGAUUUUUGUGGUCAUUAAGGACAAACCACUAAGCUCCAUUAAGGCUGAUAUUGUCCACGCUUUCCUGUCGAUUCCAAGCCUCAGUCACAGUGUCAUCUCACAGACAAGUUUCCGUGCAGAGUACAAGUCCACAGGAGGUCCUGCUGUCUUCCAGAAGCCGGUUAAGUUCCAGGUGGACAUAACAUACACAGAAGGGGGAGAAGCGCAGAAGGAAAACGGGAUCUAUUCUGUCACUUUCACACUCUUAUCAGGUCCAAGCCGUCGUUUUAAGAGGGUAGUAGAAACCAUUCAGGCACAGUUGUUAAGCACACAUGACCAGCCUUCAGUGCAGCAAUUAUCAGACACCACUAACUGUAUGGAGUUGAUGACUGGCAGACUUUCCAAAUGUGACGAGAAGAACGGGCAGGUGAGCCAUCCCCCCGGCACGCCAACCAAGCAUAGCGCAAACAGCAAGCGGAGCGAUUCCGGUUCUAAUGACUAUGGGUCUAGAGGAGACAAUAAGUACCCUGCUGGCAAAGACAAGGCAAAGAUGGUCUCAUCAGUCGGCCUACAAGACCAACCUUAAAUAAACACAUAAAAAAUUAAAUAACUUAGAAACAAAAUCAAAAACAAACAAACAAACAAAAAUAAAGCAAGAAAGAAUGAAAGAAUAUUCCUUAGCGAGCUAGCCUCUAAACUAGAAGGAUGUAUAUACCUUGCCACAACAGUACAAAACUGUCUAUAGACAAAUUUUGUAUGAAGGAAUGACUGUAUAUAUAUACAUAUAUAUAUUUAUAUAUGAUAUAUAAUAUAUAUCUCAGAAACAAACACA